GAGCUGCUCGCAGCGCCUCGUCAGCGGCUGCAGGAAACCGAGGCGCCGCGGGGACGAGUACCACCAGCACGGAGGACCGACCGACCUGAGCAAACACAGAUUUUUUGCACUUACAAGAUCCUUGGAUGUUUUGAGCAAAGAUGAGCGACGCAAACCAUCCCCGAGUUGAACUUUUUGUCAAGGCGGGCAGUGAUGGGCAGAGCAUUGGGAACUGUCCCUUCUCUCAGAGGUUGUUCAUGGUUUUGUGGCUCAAAGGAGUGACGUUUGACGUGACCACAGUCGACAUGAGGAGGAAGCCUGAGAUCCUCAAAGACUUGGCUCCUGGGGCUCAGCCUCCAUUCCUUCUCUACGGCAAUGAGGUCAAAACAGACACCAACAAGAUCGAGGAGUUUCUGGAGGAGAACCUCUGCCCCCCAAAAUAUCCUCGUCUGGCCGCUCGUAAUCCAGAGUCUAACACAGCCGGAGUGGACGUCUUCUCCAAGUUCUCUGCCUACAUCAAAAACUCCAACCCUCAGAUGAACGACAAUCUGGAGAAGGGUUUGUUGAAGGCUCUGAAGAAGCUGGAUGAUUAUCUGGGCUGCCCACUUCCUGAUGAGAUCGACGAGAACAGUGCCGAUGAUGUCACUUCCUCUUCUCGCAGCUUCCUGGACGGGCCGGAUCUGACUCUGGCCGACUGCAACCUGCUGCCCAAGCUUCACAUUGUCAAGGUGGUGUGUUUAAAGUAUCGUAAAUUCACCAUCCCCGAGACCCUCACAAACUUGUGGAGGUACCUGAACGCAGCAUAUGCCCGGGAGGAGUUUGCUUCCACCUGCCCUGUGGACGAGGAGAUCCACAUCGCCUACGCCUCUGUGGCCAAAGUCCUCAAGUAAACACGACCAAAACACAGGGACAAAACAACAGCUAAACAUGUGCAUGUCAUACAUUAAAUGGGACUUCAUAUCGUUAAAUACUGUGCUAUAGCAGAUUUUAAAGGUGCUAGGUGGAACAUUUUAGACAGGCUCUAAUGGUUGUUAAUAAUGUAUAACUUGCUAUGCAUUAUCAUAUCUUUAAGUCAAAUACUAUUGUAAUGCUGUUUUCUCUGAGGAUUUGAGAUAACCAUGAUUUGUCCUACAGUUAUUGUAGAAAUUAAAGUACCUGUAAUUUGCCUUAGUCUAAUUAUAUAAAAAGUUGGAUUUUAGUAUUGCCGCAUUAUAAUAACACCACUUAAUGUUUUAGUUAUACAGUAAUUGUUUAAAUUGCCAAAAUAUAUAAAAUUCACAAAGCAAAUAGUACUACUAACAAUACAAAGUAACUUUUACUUAUCAUUCUCUUCAGUAAUAAUACAUAUCACCAAAUGUAAUUCACAAAAUGUUGUUCUUCAAACUUGCAGAAGACGUGUUUGUAACUGCUGAUUUAGUUGUACUUAACAUUUCACAACAUUACAGUAUUUUUUCUAUAAAUCUUCUCUUUACCUUUUUUGUCAUUUAAAAAGAGACAAAUCCCAGCUAAAACUACUUUGCUACAAUAAAUAUACAUUAAUUUUGUUUUUAUACCAGAUGUCCCGCCUGAUGCAAACUUUUUAAUAAACCCUUGGCUUAGGAGUGACUUUUAAAGUUUUACAGCCUUUCCACAGAUCUGGCAUGUAACUUGGCUUGGGGAUGUCCCCUGCUAGUCUUCAUGGAGAAGUUUUAAUACCAUACUGUGUAACAUUCCAAACGAAGCAAUAAUAAUAACCAUAUCACCAUGGAGAAAAGUAGGUGUCAAGGCCUCCGCCAUGAAAGUUGCAACGUGCACUUUUGAAGUCAAGUAGUAAUUGCAUAUACAAGCAUUUAUUUUUGUGUAUUGGUGUAUCAGUUUAUGUUCCACAAAGUACCUUUAAAAUGGAUUUGAUAUUGUUGUUGAGUGCAUAAGAUUAAAGCCAAUAUCGAUGUUAUCUAACUAUUGUCCACCACUUAUGCUAAUCUGAUGUCUUUGACGCUUUAUAAAUAGAGGGAGCGAUUGUAUCCGGGAACAUGAAAGCCUAAAAGGGAAAGGACGAUCAAAUUACAGAUAAUAUUUGUGCCUCUGGGUUUAACUGGUCCAACAGGUUUUAGACAAGCCUUAUGUGUUUUUACUGAGUUUCAACCUGUACUGAGAAAGUGGCAGGGAAUUGUCUUAUGCUAUAUACAAACAACCUGGAAUUAUUUGGGAAAACUAGAAAAAGGUGAACAAUUUUGGAUCAUGUCUAAAUAUUAGCAAUAAAACUAGCAAGAUUUUAACAACUGAUAGUACAAGUAGAGUAGAGACAGAAGAUACAAAUCAUAGGGAAGUAAUUAUUUGACUGGCAAUUUAAUUUUUUCUAUAAUCCCAUUAAUUCAUAAAUAUAAAUUUAAGAAAUGCUGCAAAAACAAAAAUGCUAACUUAAACCAAAACUGAAACUCAAAUUAAAGUUGCACAGUGCAACUUUUCUUUUGCAGUGUCUGCCAUUGGCUUGUCUCUAUGUAGGUGUUUGUCUUUGUCAAGAAUAAUCCAUGAUUCAUCCUUCCAUGGAGAUACCAGAAGGCCAGGUUACAAUCCAGAAAAGUGGAGAGGAAAUAUGGUUAAUGCAUUACUAUGGAACAUUCCAGACAACACUUAACAACUCUAUGGAAACGGGUAGCAUACCCUGCAAUAGAAAAGUGACAAUGCAUUUUUGUGAGUGCUUUACUUUGGUCUUGCUUUAUUAAACAAGCAUGAUGUCUUUAACUUCAAUUUGUGUAUACUAGAUAGAUAUAUUUGUUUAUCAGUACAUUAUUUAAUUCAUUUGUGAAACUGGAUUUGUAUCUAAAGUAAAUUUGUGGAAACGUCACUAUGGAGCUUAAUGGUCCCACCCACUACGAAGUCAGUUGUUGUUCCGGAAGUAAAUGUAUGGGAAAUAAUUUUUCCCAUAGAUAAAAAAAAUAAUGCAACAUUUACUUCUGAAACCAGGAGCGGGCAGUGUCUGUUGAGCUCCAUAGUCAAUUGUGCGCAGGGUCAUUCUCACAGUUUAUCGCUUCAGUGUCACGUCAUGAAACUUUUACAAAAUUCUGCAAAUAUUUCUUAAGUGAGAUAACAGCCGCUCAAAUGUCAAAAGCGUCAAACAGACGUAAAAGCGUCUCAUGAUCAGAUUUUUUUACUGUGGGAACAAAGAUUUGACUGUAACAAACUAUACUCUUAAGGUUGUUUUCUGAGUUGAGCUGAAAACUGUUCACAGAGACAGGAAGCCAUUUCAAUAGACGCCACUUCCCCUUUAAGAACUACAGGAAGGAUUAUUUGAAACUAUUUUCAUUCACAUUGUUGUAAUGUCAGCGAAUAUAUUGUAUUAGUUUGUCGUGUGCACCUGAUCUGGUCUUGUGCUGGUCUAGUCUAGGUUUAGUCCUGAUCUAGUCCUAUUUUAAUUCCAGUUUUAGUCCCAGUUUAUUACCAAUUUUAUGUGAUAUUUGUGCAUAAGUGUGAAUGAAAAGUUAGACAUAUCUUUAUAGGUUUCUGUAUGCUUUUGUUUCUGAUCAUCUGUACAAAAUACAGGAAAAAGAAAAGGAAAUUACUUCAUCCAACAAGUAAUUUUAGUUAAGUAAUUCAUUUUAUAUAUUUUUGGUAGAAUAUAAUCAUUAUUUGCUCAAUAUUGGGAAGUGUGAAAGGGACUUCUUAUUCAAACUGUCUGUAUUCAGUGAACAUAUACAGUACUUCAUUAAUGGCUUAUUACCAUAGAUACAACAUAAAUGUUUUUUUUUGUUUUUUUUUUAAGUUGUAUGCAGUAACAGGUGUAAAUGCAUCUGGCUUAUUUUGGUGUGAUAUGUGAAGACAAGCAUGUGUUUUUGAAGGAGCUAAAGUUACAAAUCACAAAUAAAGAAGAUUUAUAUCUAUAUAUCUAUAUCUAUCUAUCUAUCUAUCUAUAUAUAUAUAUAUAUAUAUAUAUAUAUAU